CAGCAAUUUGAUGCUGAUUAAUUGGAAACACCGCUUCCGGAUGACGGGGAGAGAGAAAGAGAGUGGCUCAGUCAGACUGAAUGGUAACUUGUAUGGAUACGUAUAUCUACAUAUAGAGAUAAUGACAUAUUUCAGUGUCGGCGUUUUGAAGUCUGAGCCGUGCAGAUAUGGUGAACACCGCAAGGAAAUCCUGACAGACCCGGAACAAUCUGUAACAGUUGUGGAAAUUAUGUGAUUAGAAAGAAGUGAUUCACGGUAGAGCAAGUGUUUGAAUUAAGAUGGUAGAAGUGGUCCUCAUUGACUUUUCUGACGUUCACUAUGAUUACAUUCAGAAGUGGCUGCACAGUGCGGUGAAUGUCAUCAGCACAUGCAACCUGACAGCGUCUCCAUAUGUGUUCAUAACAUAUAGCCAGGACAACACCGACAUUGUGAAUAAUGACAUCCAGAGAUACUUGCACCAAUUGUCAAAUCAGGUUGAAAUGCCGAAAGCCACCCUUGAGGUGUUGGCACAGGCCAGUUUUGCUGCUAUCUUAUACACAAUCAAACAGAAGAUUGACAAACAGAACCUCAGCAACAUUCAGGUGAUUGUAUCCACAGGAAGGAAAGCCACAUUCGAGGUCUAUGUGCAACAGCUUUUCACAGCAACUUAUAAAUUCACAUUUGAGACUCUUGUAAUUGGGAGUGAAGGUGAAAUAAAACUACAGUUACCAGGAACUUGCGUGGAAGAACUUGUCCUCAUGAGCCAACAAAGAGAUGACAUUUGGAAGGACAUCUGGAUGUUCAUGGCACAACUCAAAGGAGUUAUGGGGGAGAUUGUCAUUCUCAAAUCUCUGCUGAUCCCAGAUUUAUUUCUUCAUGGCUUUACGACCAGAACGGGUGGUAUAUCCUACCUACCGGGCCUAAGUUCCUUAAAUCUCUUCAGCAGCUGGAAACGGAGAGACCCAAAAGCUGUGGUUACAGAGAAUAUCCGACGCUUGAGUAUGAGUGCAGGAUUUAACCCCCAAAUGUACUACCUCGCAAAGGUAAGCCAUGGCAAUACCGUCUGGAGCCUGGGGAAGCCGGAACCUGAAAGCUACGAUGCCAUUGUGACCAAUCGGAUAGGUGUCACCAUAGCAGCGCCGGGAGCAGACUGCAUUCCACUGCUGUUUGCUGAUCCUGUCCAACAUGUGUGUGGAGUGGCACAUGCAGGUUGGAAGGGGACACUGGCAGGAGUCGCCAUGGCGACAGUGAGCACCAUGACAGCUGAAUUUGGCUGCCGGGCGAAAGAUAUUCUCGUGGCGAUGGGCCCUUGUGUGGGGCCUUGUUGCUUCACCCUCCACCAAGAUGUUGCCCAGGAGUUCAUGAAGAUCGAGCCCAGCUGUGUAAAAAUGGCCGACUCUCCACGUCCUUCUGUAGACCUCAGACGAACAACCAGGGUUUUAUUGGAACGUGGAGGGAUUCUCUCUGGAAACAUCAGUGAUGCUUCCACAGGCAGUAGAUAUGGAGAAGUGACUGUCUGCACAGUCUGUCACCCAGACACUUUUUUCUCCCAUAUUCGGGAUGGGAGCAACUUUGGAACUCAAAUUGGAUUCAUCUCUGUUCAGGACUAGUUGCCCCAUCCCAAACAGGUAAUUGGCCAUAGAGUCAUACAGCACAGAAGAGCCCCUUUGGCCCAUCGAGCUUGCAUUGACCCAUCUACACCAACCCUACUUUCCAGCACUGGGCCUUGAAUGUUAUGACAUUUCAACUGAUUAUCUUUUCAAAGAUUGUGAGGUUUCCCACUUCAAAUACCCUCCCACAUAGUGCAUUCCAGACCACCAUCAGCCUCUGGGAGUAAAAAACAGCCGGGCCACUGAAUAACCUCGCCACCAAUGAGAAAUGUCUGUUCAUGCAAAGACACUGCUGUAGAUUGACUUUUUAAAUCAUGUUUGUGAGACAAAUGCACAUUUUCCUUUGCAGGGGUUUGACUUUCUACAGAAGAAAGAAUUUUCUGAAGAAGGGUCUAGGCCCGAAACGUCAGCCUUCCGGCUUGGCCUGCUGUGUUCAUCCAGCUUCACACCGUGUUAUCUCAGUGUCCUUCCAUGUUGUGUCUUUCAAGCCCUCAGACCUUGAUAGCAGGCUAAGUAUUUUUGAAGUGUUGGAGCUGUUGUAAUAGACUUCUACACAUGUCCCAGCUGGUAAAGAAACUUAAAAUAAAAGUCC